GUGUUUACUAAAUGAUCUAAAAACUUUCAAAACGGAGGUUAGGAGCUUGUGGUAUUGCAAUGCACAUCUUGCACAUCCUUGAUUUACUCCCAUGGAUCAAGGAGUCAAUAUCCAAGUUGGUGUUGCUGCCUAAGAUUGAAGUAUCUGAAACUGGCAACAUGAACACACAUGGAACUGAAGGGAUAAAUGAAGGAGGAGCAAUUGAAACCAGGGUGGACACCGUAGAUUACAAGUCACCACCUGGAAAGGAGGAUGAAGAGCCCAGAAAGGAGAAGGUAGGGGUGGUUCACUUGACUCAUGAAAGGGGGAAGUCUGCCACAACUGCAGGUGGUGUCUUGGCAGGUCCAGCUGAUGCUGCCGCAAAAGCCUUGAAGUCAGCAAAGGAUGCCAUUUCAGGCAGCAUCCAUGACAGCAACAAAUAAUUCACAACAAAAAUGUGAAAUAUAUACAUGUUUACUUCGUCCUUGUCUAUGUUAGGGGUUUAGGAUCUGUCUGACCUCAAAUCCAGAACUUCAAUAUCAAAUCAUCAUAUGUCGUUUUCCUAACUAAAUGAUUUGCUAUCCA